AUAAGAUGGUUGAAAGUCUUAUAUAUUACAUCCUUCAUAUUAUUUCAUAUUCAGUUCAUGACAUGUAGCUUACAAGACAGUGUUUUUCAAGGUCAAGUAAAAAGCAAUACAAUAUAUCAAUAUGACAGGUUUUAUGAGUUCCGUAUAAUUAUCGUUAGGAAACAAAACCUACUAAAGCUUAAUUAUUAUAAAUGGUUACGACCAACGUGUAAGGAAUCCCACUGAGAACUUAUAAGACCGUUUCAUCAUUUAAAUCGACAAGUCUGCAAAAUGCAUCGUUCACGGACUGUGCGGCAGUUAUUUAUUUUAAGUGGCCUCACAAUAUGCGGUUUAUCGGAUGGAUUUAUUUUCGGACAAAUGUCAGGAAUGGUGGACGCUUUGCGCGGGAAAGAAAUCGGAAUAUCACUGAAUGAUAGUGACAUAUCAUGGAUAGCUUCUACGGUAAAUGCGACAUGCAUUUUUGGUUUUGUGCUAGCGGGAAUAGUAACUGAAAAAGUUGGGAGACGCGGAGCUAUAGCGGUCCUUAGUGUACCAAUGAUCUUAACUUGGAUUAUGCUCUACUUCGCCACAAGUUUCACGAUUUUUGUUGCGUCCAGAAUUAUAGUUGGCAUCAGCUACGGGGGCGUGAUACUUCUAACUUACAUAACGACUGCAGAAUAUACGACAGCCAAACAAAGAGCUAUGUGUUUAACCAUCGUAACGGCUGUUGGUCCUUCGAUAGGCACUGCCUUAGGCCACGUGUUAUCUAUUCUGAUGCACUGGAGAACCGUUGCAUUGAUGGGCAUCAUUCCCACUACAUUAUCGGCCGUAUUACCAUUUUUUUGGGUUGAGAGUCCAUCGUGGUUAGCGUCAAAGGGUCGAUUUGAAGAAAGUAUGGCGGCAUACAGAGAACUUCAUGGUCGCAGUGAGUCUACUGAAUUGGAAUUGAAAUUACUCGUCAAUUUUGAGAAAAUAAAGCAAAACGAAUUUACACCGAAUAAAAAAUUAUACUUUUCAAUGUUAGAAAAAAUAAUUUUGGCUUUGAAGCAGGCGUAUUUUUGGAAGAUUUCAUUACUUGUGAUAGUUAUAACCGUGUAUAGAGUUGCGGGAGGCAGAAUAUUAUACAACACUUUAGCAAUUACAAUGUUGCAUGAAAUGACUGGGAAUUCAAACAUUUUAAUGUCCACAUUAUUGGUCGACGGAUUCAUUGUGACUGGAUCUAUUAUUCCUGUGUUUCUUUUUAGGAAAAUGAAAACUAGAACUAUACUGUUUUUAUUUGGAUUAACUUCUAACAUUGUUCUAAUAGUAUUAAGUGCAUGCUUGUAUUAUAUUCCAAAAGAAAAUAUGUAUUACGCGUGGGUGUGUUCUUUGCUUUUAGCGUUUUAUUUUAUUAUUGCAUACUCAGGACCUUAUGCGGUGUUAGAAAUUUUACUCUCCGAACUUUAUCCACUAGAACUUAAGUCUUUUUGUACAUUUUUAUAUGGUUCUUUUGCUGGAUUUGAAACAUUUCUAAGCGUUAAAUUAGCUCCUAGCAUGUUUGUCAGUAUGGGUUAUCAUGGAGUAUUUUUAUUAAAUGCAUCUAUAGUGUUCUUAUGUCUGGGAUACCUUUGGUAUUAUCUGCCGGAAACAAAGGGAAGGAGUUUGCAGGAAAUAGAACUGUAUUUUAGAAAUGGCAAAUUCGAUAAUGAUUUGAUUCUUGAACAAUGUGAAUCUGAUGACCUUGUAGCUUAAUCUUUUUUGUAUAGAAUAAAAAGGUAUUUAAUU